AUGGAUGUAGAUGAGCCUGAUGUUGUACCGCCCGGAGUUAACCUCACAGCUUGCCUAGUGCUGAACCAGCGCGACGAUGAGUGUCUAGGUUUUGACUUCGUUAGCUUUCCUGGCGGAAACGAGGUUAUGGGCGUCAUAGAUCUCACUCCUGGAGCGCAUUUGGUCUAUGUGAAAGACGGAGAGCCAAACGAGGAGGUAGACAGAAGGCUCGGGGAGUUCGUGUAUAUUGAACAGGGUAAAUGCACAGUUCUUAAGCGGUCGAAGCUCGACGAUGGUCCCUUGUUCGAGUUUGUAAGUGAGGAAGAGGCUCGUGGGUACCACUCGGGUGUAAUUGCGGGGCACUUUCACGGCAAACUUGCCCGAAUCCCCAGCCAGCUACGUAAUCUGUGGUUUGAUCUGACCCAGUUUAUAAGUGUGGACGUGAUUCGGCUCCUACGUCCCAUUGUUAAGCCGUCAUCGCAAUCCAUCUCUACGCAACCAAUCACGGGUACUCCAGUGCACGAUGACCCACCACAUCGGCCCGGUUCAUCUUCGGCGGCGUCUGAGAAGUCUCAGGGCGUUCAGCCGUACGCCGAAGAUGAACAGGAGCCCACGUCAGUGAAGGAUGCGUUUACCCAAGAGCCCACAUCUGACGGAUUUCAGCCAACUAUGGAUGUCGAUGAUACUACCAACAGUUCUGGGGAUAGUUCGCUAAAUCAUGGCAGCCGUGCCGAACCUAUUAUCGCAACGCCAUCUACUGGUCUACCUGACACAGCAUGCCCGAGUACUAAUGCAACAUGCCUUUCUACCGGAGACGAUGACGAUGACACCGCAGCGAAUUACAAAGAAAUAUCUGAGCGUCUGAAAUCAUUGAAAGGCAAGCCAGGACUGCUUUGUGAGACCUUCGGCAUUACAGGGAAUGACCGCCUGGCACCUGCAUCAGCCCCAACAGCAGAAAAUAAGUUACGUCCAAAUCGUCCGAAAAGAGAUACUGAUUAUAAGUAUAACACUGGGAAUGCCCCAGCCGACUGCGCAUCAGCAGCAGAUCGAUGUGACUCUGCGCUGGAUUGGGAAGUCCCCCGAGAUCAAUGUACCAUUUAUUAUUCCGAUCUGCAGAAACUGAAUCGACGUAUGAACUCAUCAAAACUUGCAAUCGCAUCCAAAAUAACUGAGAUGCACCUCGACACAACCCACAUUUUGGAUGCCAUCGUGGAGUAUCACCACGGUAGAGACAGCGUGCUGUCACUCACCACCACGGAGGCGACGAAUUCAAAGCUUUCGGAGAUGCAAGGGGCAGAGGAACCAACUGAUGUAGAUUCAAAAUACGCGUGUGUUUUAGGGGAGUAUGAAUACGCGUUUUGCGUUUUCAUGCUGAACUUCCACUACACGUCUUUUGAGCACUGGAAGUCAUUAUUUCGCACUUUUUGCAGCGCAGAAUCGUUCUAUUUGCUCAAUACGAAGCUGUCAGAGCAUCUUUUGAAGGUGAUUAAGCUGCAGUUAGAAACAUUUGAGUCCGAUCUGUACGAGCCAGACAACUUUUUCGCCUAUCACCUCAGUUCGUUGGAAGAGAUCAUUAAUGACAACCAGCCUCAACUUGCAUACUUGGUGGAUCCUUUCAACGCCAUAAGCGAAACGUUCAAGCUGAAGUUCGGUAUUUCUUUCGAGGAGGCGAAGUCUUUGCAGGACGGGAUUCAAUACGUUGAUUCAUCCUUAUUGCCAACUGUCGUAGAUGCUAGCAGAUAG